AUGGCGUCGGGCAACCCAUUCAUUGGGCCCUACGGCUUUCAGCCGACGGGAAAACCGACUCGCAAGUUGCCAGCGUACCAGCCUCCAUUACCGCCUGGCAGUGGCCCAGUGGCACCUUUGCCCCCGCCAGGUGUAGCGCCGCCCGGCGGCUAUACUGCGAGCGCCAACCUCACUUGGCACAACCCUGCUAUUGCAAAGGCAGGCCAACAGACUGUGUCGGCUCCAUCGACGCAUCAGCAGCCAGUUGCGAGCCCGGCUUAUGCUGCGCCUGUUCAGCCUGCGUAUAAUCAGUAUGGCCACCCUGGAGCAUACAAUCAGCACAUGGCAGUGCAGCAGCAGAUCUGGGCAGCUCAGGCGGCUCAUAUGCAGCAGAUGGCCUAUUCGCUGCCAAGUCAGCCUGUGCCGCCUCAAGCGCCUGCUCAGACUCCGCCCUUGUCUAAUGCACGAGUACCAAUUGCCUGGCAGAAUCCACGGCCACCACAGCAGUCUUAUGUCUCGCCAUCUUAUGCCCAAGCGCAGCAUAAGUUGCCUCUGCCGCCUCAUUUAGUCCAAUCAGCCCCUGCUGCCGGCGGACUAGCUUCACUGCCGCCCAAGCCGUUACACCUAGGACGACCAGACUCGCUACCAGCAUGGGCAUCCAAGCCCGUCAAUCUGCCUCUGCCGCCUUCAGUGCCUCCAUUUCCUAGUACGACGCCUGCAAUGACGCAUGGACUACCCGUCGCGCCGCAUCUCGCUUCGCAGGCAGGCAACUACAGCGACAAGAGCUCGCGCGGGCUACCCGCAGGCUUUGUGCGAUGCAGUCAGCCAUCGUGCUUCUACGCAGGUCCGGACAGCGAAGUAGAGAUACACGAAGCAGAUCGACAUCUGAUCUUUCGACCCGGGUCUCGUUGGGCUGCAAGGGAGCAAGCUACUCGCAGCAGACCGGAUGGACCGGCGGGAUCACGAAUCAUGGGCAUCAAUGUUGCGCUCGAUACGGAGGACAAGAUCUCGCGAUGGGUGGAGGAGCGCAAGAGCAGGUGGCCGAGUCAGCAACGUGCGGCUCAGAAGCAGGCACAGCAACGUGAAGCGGCGGAAGAAGCUGCUAGAUCACCCCUUCAUCCCGCGUUCAAGACAAGUCAUACGCAGAGAGGUCGAUCUGAUCGUGGCCGGGGCAGAGGGUCCUUCAGAGGGCGAGAGGGUGCUUUUGGCGAUCGCAAUGGUCAUCUGCACGAUGAGCUGGACCAUCGAGAAGAUGGCCCGCCUGCUUCGAAGCGUCAGAGAUUAUCGGCUUCCCUCGAGCCUGCAGAGCCGUCUGUGCCCACGCCGCUCCUGCACGGGCUGCCAGCUAAACCUGUUGCUGCCAUCGAGAGCGCCUCUCAUCAUUCAGCUGCUACGCGCACACCACGGAGGGAGCCGCUACGAAAUCCCGCUGCAGCUCGACCACUGCAGAAAGUCAGCAGAGCAGACGAGGCCGUGGACGAUCAGGGACCUGUUGCGGAGCCUGUGUCCGCCGAAGAGGUUAUGCCUAGAGAGCCAGAGCAAGAAGCGGAAACAAAGGCACAGGACGAGCCAGUCAUCGCCGCAACAGAAGCAGUGAGCGAGACAGCGUCACCUGCCAAGAAGAGGAAGAAGAAAAACAGGCGGAAGAAGCAAGCGAAUGACGACAAGGCCGCAUCGGAAGCACCGACCGAAGACGGCAGCACGAAGCUAGAAAGCGACGAUGCACCUGAAGCUGAACCUGUGCGACGAACGGGCGACCAAGAGGUAUCGAAACCUACGCGAGUACCACCACCGAACAAGCAGACGAAAAAACGCAAGGCUGGUCCGGCGACUGCCUUGACCCCUCACAAUCCGUUCAAGCAAGAAGGUCUGCUCAGCAAGCUACUGGAACGAGACAUUGAGCAUUCGCUCAGCGAUCUCAGUCAGGCCAUCGAUUUCCUCGUCGCUAACGAGUUUUUGAGGGAUGUCGAGUUGGUGCCGGGUGAAGCAGAAGAAGCAGGCAAGAUCGAGGAAGUCCACUCUGAAAAGAGAGCAGAAAUCAUGAGCAGCAAAGUCGAUUCUGUGCAGACGUUCGGCAAGAAGAAGACGGCCACUGCCGUCGCUCUCUGCAAGGCCGGAAAGGGAUUGAUCAGAGUGAAUGGCACACCGAUCCACCUGAUCGAGCCACAACUGCUGCGCUUCAAGGUCUACGAGCCAGUGCUAGUGCUCUACAACAAGGCCACCUCGAGCGGCGCCAACCCGUUCGAGUCGGUCGACAUCCGCGUACGAGUGACGGGAGGAGGUCACACUUCCCAAGUCUACGCCGUCCGUCAAGCUCUGGCAAAGGCGGUCGUGGCUUACACUGCCAAGUACCAAGACGCUGCCACCUCGCUAGAACUCAAAAAGACCCUCAUCGCUUACGACCGUACCCUGCUCGUUGCCGAUCCCGUGCGUGUUGAGUAUCGCCAUGGGUGUAUGAUCACUGAUGACGAGUCUUUGUCCAUGCGCAGAGACGCACAGAGCCAAAGAAGUUUGGUGGACCCGGUGCUCGUGCGAGAUACCAAAAGUCGUACCGAUGAUCGUCUGCAUGCUCACCUUGCGCGGUCAUUGCUCUGUUGGCACGCUUGCUGCCGUCAUUGCAUCGCAGGCGAGCAGACGAGAAAGAUGACGGUGGCCUCUACCAGUGCGGCAAGGCUGCCACGAUGUGCUUGCAGCAGAGUGCAGCACAGUCUGCGUGGACUGGCCACUCACGCCUCGCCUGCUCUGCCCGGUCAGAGCCCCAAUGCGCCUCAGGCGACGACACCUCAGAGAGCCACAAAAGUGUCUGCCAAGCAUCGCGCACGGCCAGAAGUGACUCUGCCUGAGCCCGUCCAACGACUCGAAGUCGUUCAUCUGCCAUUAUCCUACUUUCCACCUUUGCCGCUCACCGCAGCCUCAUCCCCGCCGGAACCUCAUCUCGUCGCUCUACCUGCUCACCUGUUCAAUGCGCCCAGCCGCAAGGACAUCCUCCAUCGAUGUGUCGUUCACUAUCUCGCCUCCAAACGACAGGGCACCCACUCUCAAAAGACGAGAUCCGAAGUGGCCUACUCCGGCAGGAAACUCACCCCGCAAAAAGGCACAGGAAACGCUCGAAAGGGAGACCGAGGUGCGCCUCACUUCCGAGGCGGCGGUGCAGCUUUUGCCGUCAAGCCGAGAGAUUGGAGUAUUGGCAUCCAGCGAAAAGUCGUCGAGUUGGGGAUCAGGACGGCUCUGAGCACUCGUUGGAGGAGUGGAGAGCUCAGCGUCAUCGAGAGCGUCGGCUCGGGUAUCACGGGCAAGACGAGAGAGCUCGCCAGCAUGCUCUCCUUGGGAUCUCAGCCAGCAACCGAUCUCGUGACCCUCUCGGGCAAUAUCGAGCCUACAGAACCCCAUACUGCCCUCACAGAGAUGGGAACUCGACCUUUUGGCGAAGACAUCCUGUUCAUAUUCGGUCGCUCCUUCUUUGAUUCGGACGCCAAUGACAGACUGGCGGCAAAGUUCCGCAGGGCGUCGGAGAAUUUGCCCACUGUCGACCUUCGAGGCAUUGACGAUUUAGACGUCUACGCUCUCUUGCGUGCAGGCCGCGUUGUGCUCGAUUUCGAAGCCGUAGAAGAGCUAGCCGACCGACUGGCUCCCGCUCAUCUGUCUUUUGCCGAACUAGCAGAGCAAGACAACAUCGAAGUCCUGCCGGGAGAUGCUGAAGCAAGGCCAGCGUGA